UUUGUUUAAUGUAAGUUCAGAUUUAUGUCUUAAUUCUCUCCUAAAGUCAGAAUUUCGGCUGGCUAUUUUGCAGCAAAAUGACACGUGUGCUUCCUUAACUGCCAUAAUAACUCGUGUAAAGGAGCACUACAACCAAAUUACAGGAAAACUGAGAAAACUCGGGUUUAGAAAAGAGACUUUUCUGAAAUCGGCUAACUUGUAAUCGCCAACUAAAUCAUUUGGGAUGAAAAUCAGCUGAUCAAUUGGAGCAUCACUACUGGCCACCAUUGACUGGUUCCCUUUGGUUUAAUGCAGUUCUCAGUCUGGUUAAUGAACACCUUAGCAGUGGUGUCCCCAUAGAGUUCUGUAAUGAUUGGCAUGCUGGGAUGAAGGUUUCCUUUCUUAACACCAAUGACCAGGUUAGUUUUUUCUUUUCAUCUACAUGAAUCAAACCGGACACCCUUCAAAUAAUCAUUCGCUAAAAGUAGCAGAGCAAAAUAAUUAUUUCAAUCCUCAAAAUGCUUGUGACUUGAGUUCCACGACUAUUUACUGAAAAGCCACAAUGAAGUAACAGUUUUCUCUUCCCCAUAAGCUGUUCAAUGGCUGCACUGCAAAACCCUGAAGUCUUGGAUGAGGUGCACAAGAAAAUCAAUGAAUGUGAAAAGGAGCUUGAUCAGUUUGUGUUGGAGUACAACAAUACCAUGCAGGAGAGAAAACAAAUUUAUAAGGAAAAUGUUCAAGUCGUGACUGAACAAGUUUUUAAAAAAUGCACAGAAUGUAACCUGAUAUUGGAGAGACAGCAGAUGAACAAAACUGAUUUUGAACUAAUGGAUGUAGAACGAGAGAAGAAAUUGGCAGAACUAUCAAAACUCCGUUCAAAGAUCUCGGAAAGAGAAAAUUUAAAGAGGGAAUUAAUUAAACAGAUUGAGCAUCUUAGGGAGAAACACAUGGAAAAGAAAAAAGAAGACACGCCCAGUGUGGCGGAAAUGCCGCUGCGCACUCCAGAAGCUCCUCCGGAUGUCCCCUGUCUUCCCCAGCACUUCCUGGUGUGGCGGAAGCCCGGCUCCAGACUUACACAGGCACCAGGGCACUGCCUGGCGGUGGCCACGGUCCCUACAGGGCUGGGCCUUUACCCGAGUCUCCCCAACAUAACCACCAGGGCGGACGCCUCGGGUCUGAGGGAGGCAUGGUUCUCCUCCGUCCUCUGGGUGUCCCGGCCGGGGCAGGUUAGUCCCUAA